CCGGGCGCGACAGGAAGUGAAGCAGCCCCGCCGAGCGACAGCAGCGGGAGCAGAAACAGAGGGAAAAAGGGCGCUGCGGCGGCGGCGACGACGACAGAGGUGGCUGAGAGGGUUGAGUGCCAGGGGGACUCGUCCACUCGGAAGCCGGAUUCCGAGCCGGGCAGGAUGGAUCUUCACCAGCCAAGCACUGGCCGCUACCAGGUGCUUCACAAUGAAGACGAUAAUUUAGAGUCAUCUGCUGUAGAGCAGCCAUCAACUUCAAACUCAACCCCACAGAUUGUACAGACUGCUCCUUCAACACCAGUACUUGAAACCAACUCUUCUCCUCCACCUUACAGUAGUAUUACUGUGGAAGUACCCACAACUUCAGAUACAGAAACUCACAGUGAGUUUUAUCCUGUGCCACCUCCCUACAGUGUUGCUACCUCUCUUCCUACAUAUGAUGAAGCUGAGAAGGCUAAAGCCGCUGCAAUGGCAGCUGCAGCAGCAGAAACAUCUCAAACGAUUCAGGAGGAAGAGUGUCCACCAAGAGAUGACUUCAGUGAUGCAGACCAGCUUAGAGUGGGUAAUGAUGGCAUUUUCAUGCUGGCGUUUUUCACUGGAAGGUAUGGUGCUAUCUGUGGAUUUGGUCUUUCAUUGAUCAAAUGGAUCCUUAUUGUCAGGUUUUCUGAUUAUUUUACUGGAUAUUUCAAUGGGCAGUAUUGGCUUUGGUGGAUAUUUCUUGUACUUGGCCUUCUCCUUUUCUUCAAAGGAUUUGUUAAUUAUCUAAAAGUGAGAAACAUGUCUGAGAGUAUGGCAGCUGCUCAUAGAACAAGAUAUUUCUUUUUAUUAUAA